AUGUAUCCCAACGCAUCCGCGCGUGGGGAAGGACCUCCCAGAAACCGGAGACUAUCGGUAGAGCAAGCCAGCGAGCACACCCCGUUGCUGGCAGCUGGAGAUAUCGCCCCAACCGCGGACCCCGAAAUUUCCGAGGCCACUACGCUCAUAGACGAGCAAUCAUCGAGCAGCAGCAACAAUAAUGUCGACCCAGACGACAAGCCUCUCCCCGUGGCCCAAAUUCUUGUGUUGUGCUAUGCGCGAUGGGUCGAGCCCGUGGCCUUCUUCUCCAUCUUCCCAUACAUCAACAAGAUGGCUCAGGAAAACGGCAACCUGGCCGACGCCGACGUGGGUUUCUACAGCGGCCUGAUCGAGUCACUGUUCUCCUUGACGCAGAUGACGGUCAUGAUUCUGUGGGGAAGGGCGGCGGAUCGGUUCGGGAGGAAGCCGGUGCUGGCGUUCUCGCUGAUAGGCGUCACGCUUGCGACAGCCAUGUUUGGCAUGGCCAAGACCAUCUCGCAGAUGAUUCUGUUUCGGUGUCUGGCGGGCGUCUUUGCGGGCACCAUCGUGACCAUCCGGACGAUGAUAUCUGAGCAUAGCACCGCCAAAACGCAGGCGCGGGCUUUCAGCUGGUUUGCCUUUUCCGGAAAUCUGGGGAUUUUCUUUGGCCCGCUGAUAGGAGGCGCGUUAGCGGAUCCGGCUGGACAGUACCCGGGGCUCUUUGGCAACAUCCAGUUCUUCAAAGACUAUCCUUACGCGCUGCCUAGUUUUGCUGUGGGCGUCAUCGGCGUUACUGCGGUAUUGGUUACCGCUUUCCUUGCGGAGGAGACGCUCAAGAAGGAGAUGUUCAGCAGUGGCAGCGACAGCGAAGAGUCUGGUGGUGCCCCAGCCAAGCCCAAGCCCAUUUCUACUUGCGACCUUCUGAAGUCCCCGGGUGUACCCAUUAUUCUCUACACUUACGGCCACAUUAUGACCUUGGCGUUUGCUUAUACUGCCAUCGUGCCCGUCUUCUGGUUCACGCGGGUUGACCUCGGAGGCCUUGGAUUUACGCCUUUGCAGAUCUCACUCAUGAUGGGUCUCGGCGGCCUGGCACAAGCAAUCUGGAUCCUAAUCGUCUUCCCUCCCCUCCAGCAUCGCAUUGGCACCAACGGUGUUCUGCGGGUAUGCGCGAUCGCGUAUCCGUUCUUCUUUGCCACGUUGCCCUUUUUCAGUACCCUCUUGCGCUACGGCGGUUCGACGGGCGAGAUCAUUUUCUGGGUCAUUACCCCGGCCCUGCUGUGUCUUGGGAGCGGCGUUAGCAUGUCCUUUACGGCCAUCCAGCUCGCCCUCAACGAUGCCUCGCCCAGUCCCGUCACUCUUGGGACGCUGAACGCGUUGGCUCUGUCGCUUGUUAGCGGUGUACGGUCCUUCUCACCGGCUUUGUUUGCUAGUCUCUUUGCUAUCAGCGCUCGUACGCAGUGGCUAUGGGGUUAUGCUAUCUGGGUCUUGAUGGUGCUUUUGGCGGCUGGGUUUACAAUAAUUAGCAGUUAUCUGCCGGAUUAUGAUGAGUUACGGAGGCAGAGGGAGAGACGGGAACUGGAUGAAGAUGUGUACGCCGCCAAAGUACACCGUCACAGAAAACGCCUCUAUCUAGAGCCUCCCGUCAAUGGCUCCACGACCGUCCGGAGAAAUAUCACCACAAUCAUUCCUGCGGAAGAGCAGCAAGUAGCAAUUAUCGAGAAACCAGUUAAACCAGCUCAUCCGCCUCCGGUACACGUGCUUGAGCCUGCACCGCCACCACCACCGCCGAUGUUCUACCCUGACCCUCAUCAACCAGUCGCAUAUCUUCCCCAUCCGGCACCACCUCCCCCGCCCGCCUGGGCUCCGAUGCCCGCCCAUCCUCCUCCGCCUCCAGUCUACGCCCCGAUGCCUUCCCACCCACCACCACCACCUUCGGUUCACUUCCCGGCUCCUGAGCCACACCACCACCAUAAUCAUGAUCAUUACGACCAUGAACAUUACACCCAUGAAAAACACAACGAGCAUACCCUACGGGAAACGGAAGUAGACGUCAAAUACACCCACACGCACACACGCACACCUCCGCCGAUCUUACACGAUGGCGAACACGCCGACAUCAUCGACGUGAUUGCCGUUGACGUUGACGAAAAGAAAAAGAAGAAGAAGAAGAAGCGAUCCAAAUCGCGCCACGCCAAGCGCAGCCGCAGCCGUGACCGCGAAGUCAUCAUCGAGCGCGAAGUGCGGGUCCCCGUUCCCGUGCGCGUGCCCGUCCCAGUUCCAGUCCCAGUAAAGGAAGAACUAGAAACCUAUCGAUACGUGGAGGGACCCAAGCCAAAAAGGCACGAAUCACUACCGUCGAGGAGGAUGAGGAGUCCGCCGCCGCCAAGACCGCCGUACCCGUGGGAGCAGCAUCAGGACAGGGACAGGAGUUCUACGAGGUCGGCGUCGACGGUCAGACAUAGGAGUCCGUCGAGGAUGAGUAGCACUACGGGCAGGAGUAGCGUGACGAGCUUGGAGAGGGAGAUGGAUAGGAUUAAUAUCACGAUUGAGGAGAAGAGAAGGCCGAGGUUCGAUAGGGACCCAAGGGAUAGGGGGAGGGAUAGGAGCCGGGAGAGAGGGUCGUAUUAUCGCUGA